AAUCCUUCAAACAUUGCUUUUGAUUUUAUCCUCAUGUUAAACUGCUAUGAAAUGGAUUUGUUCUUUCCUACCUGCACUUUUCUACUUUCCUUGGUCUUGGAAAGCAACUUUCUUUUUAGAAUCCUCCGGUGCUCACAACACAAUAUCCAGAUCAUUCCAUCUCACCAUAAUCAAAAAAAUUUGAAAACUCAGAUGUUUGGCUACUCUAUCAGAUUCUUUUUCUUCCCACGGGAUCGAAAUAGAUGAGCAUAUGUUCUUUGAUGAGUUUUAAUGCUGCCCAGCCUGCUGUAGCAUUUUAGUGGGCACCUACAACUGGUUGUUGUAAUUUGCUAUUUUUUCCUUCUGAACUGACCAUGUAAUAUUUUUUUCUUCUAGGGAUUGCCUAAUUGGAACUCAUCACAUAAGAUAACCUAGGAAUGUUCUCCUUUAUUAACAGCCAAUACUUUUUAAGUUUUAGUGUUCCAAAUAUUUGUGGUGGACAAAGUAAACGAGGCCAAGUCAAGGAAAUGCCAAGUCAAGGGAACGCCUCACGAAUGCCAUCAAAUUCUUCUAUCAUCCCAUCCCAUUCUCUAUUUAUAUCCACUGCCCUGAAACUUUUGAAACGAAGCAAAUUUGUGAAUCAGGCCAUCAAACAGAAAUUUCAGUAUUAACCAGAUAGCAAGAGAUUUCAGAUUUCAGUAUUAACCAGAAAGUAGAAGUUUUUAUUUUAUUUUCCUCCAGAGCUGCAAGUGUUCUAACAAGUGUAAGUAUCGAGAGUAUGGCAACAUCUCGAUUAGUUUUAGGCAAUUGGAAGGAGGCAAAUGAAAAAACUAAUGGCGAAGUUGUAGACAAACCAAACCAAUUAAAGGUUUCUGAUAUGUGGCGAGAUAUCCAGGGUGCCAACCAUUGGAAUGGCUUGCUCGAUCCCAUUAACCCACUUCUCAAAGCAGAUAUACUCAGAUAUGGUGAUUUUGCACAGCAAUGCUACGAUUCAUUUGACAAUAUGCGCUCUUCCACAUACUAUGGGAAUUGUAAGCGCAGCAAAAGCUCACUCGCCCAGAGACUGGAGUUUAUAAAUUGUGGGCGUGGAUAUCAAGUUACAAAAUAUAUAUACGCCAAUACGAGUCUUUUGGACUCCAUUUUUGGCGAGGAAUCAAGUGAAGGCGUUGCCUGGAUAGGUUAUAUUGCAGUUUGCACUGACCCAGAUGAGAUAAAGAGAUUGGGAAGACGUGACAUAGUUGUUGCAUGGAGAGGCACGCAAACUCCGUUUGAAUGGAUGCAAAAUCUCAGAGACAUAUUGGUUCCUGUUAUGGCAUCAAAGGCUACAACAUGGUCCAACAUCCAAACCGGUUCAAAUCCAGAUGUCAGGAUAGAGAAGGGUUUUCUCAGUUGUUAUACGUCCACCGACGACGACUCUGUUAGAUGCAAGAUUAGUGCAAGGGACACUGUAGUGGGUGAGAUAACCAGAUUAGUGAAGGAAUACAAGGAGAAAGAAGAAGAUUUGAGCAUAACAUUUACCGGACAUAGCUUGGGAGCUGCACUGGCAACCCUCAGCGCAUAUGACAUAAAACAAAUCAUGGUGAGUGAAUAUGGUGUGACCUCAAUUCCCGUCACAGUGUUUUCCUUCGCGUCUCCGCGGGUAGGAAAUCUGGCUUUUGCCCAACAUAUUGAAGAAAUUGGAGUCAAAGUGCUGCGUGUGGUAAACCACAAGGACUUGGUUCCAAAAGUUCCAGGGGUUUUUUUCAAUGAAAAAUUGGGAUGGCUGACAAGGCUUCUGCACUGGCUUCCCUGGGCAUAUGUUCAUGUGGGAGUAGAGAUUAGUAUAGAUAGCAGCAGGUCGCCUUUCCUGAAGUACAUGCAUAAUCCUGCAAACUUCCACAACUUGGAGGUUUAUUUGCACGCACUUGAUGGCUUUCAAGGAAAUAACAAGCUACCCUUUAAGCCAUCGGGAAGAGAUCCAGCUCUGGUUAACAAAUACUCUGACUUACUGAUUGAAAGCCUCCAAAUACCUUCUAACUGGUGGGAAAAGAGAAAUAAAGAAGUGGUGAAACGCAUAGAUGGCAUAUUGGUCUACUCUCCUACAACUCCAACCCCUGUUCCUCUUCCGGACGUUCCCCUCUAAUCUAAUCAUUCCAUUUCUACUACAGAGAAUCCCAGCUCCGCGAGAGCUACAGUUAUUCGGGAUACAACAUUUGAAUCUCUAUUAUCCAUGUUUUCAUUGUUAAAAACUCGUAUGAUUUUAUGAGGUUAAUGCUGGAUAAGUUAUGCUGCCUCAUGAUAUAGAGCAUUGUUUACAGCAGUUUUCAGAUUUACUUCAGAUACUAUUUAUUAAUAAAUUAGGUCAGCAGACAUCAGACACUGCUUUCUGAAAUCAGGCUUUUCAUAUA